GUUUAUAUAUACAUGGUAUACUUCAAAAAUAUGAGAAUAAACGAUUAUUAUUCCAUCCACAUGUUCUUGUUAUAAUAAUUAAAUGUGAACAGUGAACUUUAAUUAUUUUUAUUAAUUAUGCUAUAAAAACAUUGAUUUAAAAAUGAGUGUCAUUGAUAUCAUUGGUGAUCUUGAUCAAUUUUUAAACAUCAACAAUUAAAUUUAAUUAAAUUAUUCAACAUUUUUUUGUCCUUUAACAAUUGAAUUUAUUGACAUCAUCAGCAUCAAUGUCUGGUCCAAUUGUAAACAACUCUUUGGAGAAAAUUUUACUUCUGCUUGAUAAAAGUGAAGAUAGUCAUUGUCAAUUGGCAAUUCGCAAAUUUAUAUACAAACAUCUAGAGGAUAUGAUUGAUGAUACUAAGCAUGUUGAUAAUGAUAGUAAUAAUAGGCUAGAUAUAGUUAUAAAUAAAUUUAAACAAAUAUUUUUAAGUCAGGAAAUUGAAAAGUAUUUUAUACUACCUACUCAAUAUAAACAAAAAGAUGAUAAAUUGACAAUAUUGGGUAUCGAUAGUUUACCAAAUCUUGAAUUGAAUUAUGAAGAGAAAAAAUUACUUAAAUCAAUUGUUGAAAAGCAGUUAUUGGAAAGUAUUAAUUCUUAUCUGACGAAAUAUGAAGAAAAUGGAGGAAAUUUAACAGAAGUCAUGAAAAAGAAGGAAUCUUUGGCGAAGGAACAAUUAUUAAAGAUGAACGAUUUAGAUAUUUUACACUGGAAAAAUAAAAUAGAUGAAAUAUGUAAAGCAUACUGUCAAGAUAUCAAUACCUGUCACAAUUUACUCAAUGAAUGGCAACGAUUGAAGUAUGAAGAUAUGAAAACUUUAAAUCAACAAAAAGCACAAUCAAUUUUACUCCAAAAUCAAGUGACUGAUUUACAAACAAGAAUAGUUAAAUUACAAUAUUCACUACAAAUGUUUCGUGAAACACCGGAAACAUUAGAAGCAUUUGAAAUUCUUGAUCGGAAGUUAGAGGAGAAGUUGAUGGAUAUCCAAACAGAAGUUAAAAAUAAAAAAUUAUUAUCAAAACAAUACCAUGAUCUUUUAGGAACGGAAUAUGAUGAUAUACUCAAUAAAUAUUUAGAACUAAGAGCAAUUAUUAAAAAAGAUGAACGUUUAUUAAGUAGUUUGUAAUGUAAAUUAAACUAUAAAUUACUAUAUAAUUAAUACAAU